AGUGGGCGAGUAUUCACUCUGGAUGGAAUGCUACUAGCUGUCCGGACAGAAACUCGUUGGACAUCUUGUAGCAGGUACACUAGGUUGGAGGAAUAAGGUGGUGCAUGGUCAUCCCCCUUUAGGAACACCAACCUCACCUGGAGGCAGAGUCAACACAUUUCGAAACAUUUUCGUACUAGAUUCGGCCAGCUAUAUCAGAUUCCAGACACACAGCUUUCCAAAAUGGGCAGAGUUUCACCUGUCCUUCUGCUGGCAGCCUUUGUUUUACCUGGAGUGCUAGCUCAAGUUGCUACUGUUACUAUUGCCCAGACAAGCUUUGGUGCCCAAGUAUCCACCACAAUCACCCUGGGCUGUACCGUAUCCUCUACGACAACUGUUACCAAUGUCUUUUGGCAACGUGAUGUUGGAUCAGGGAUACAGACCAUCACCAUUGAUGGUGUGAACUUCUCGGGAUCAUCCCCUUCCUCUCCAUCCCUGACACUUAUCAAUGGUGAUGUAACUGAUUCGGGAUCAUACACCUGCUUUGCUGUCAACGCUGCAGGGACAGGAAACAGUGCUACUGCCUCUGUCACCAUAUCCACAUCUGUACCAUCAGUGACAAUCGGUCAGAAUGCCUACAGUACCAGCACAGGCACCUCCAUAACACUUCAGUGUAUAGUGUCAUCUACACAACAAAUUACUAAUGUCUUCUGGCAGAGAAUCAUCAAUGGAGUGUCCACCUCUCUGACCAUUGAUAACGUUAACUACUCCGGAUCAUCGGUCAGCUCUCCGUCAUUGACCGUUAUCAACGCUGAUUCAAAUGACUCUGGAAUCUACACCUGCUUUGCAACCAACUCUGCGGGAACUGGACAGAGCUCUCAAACUCAACUGACCGUUUCUGGAGCCGUUCCAACUGUCACCAUUUCCCAGAAUGCCUACAGCACCAACACAGGAACAACCAUCACUCUGGGAUGUACCGUGUCUGCCAACCCCGGCCAUACCUCCGUGUUCUGGCAGCGUAACGUAGGUACUGGUACACAGUCCAUCACCAUUGACGGUGUCAACUACUCCGGGUCUUCAGUCAAUUCUCCAUCCCUGACCGUUAUCAACGCUGAUACCAGUGACACUGGAACCUACACCUGUUUUGCCAGCAACUCUGUAGGAACUGGACAGAGUUCUUCAACCACACUGACAGUUUCAGGAAAUGUUCCAACUGUCACCAUUUCCCAGAAUGCCUACAGCACCAACACAGGAACAACCAUCACUCUGGGAUGUACCGUGUCUGCCAACCCCGGCCAUACCUCCGUGUUCUGGCAGCGUAACGUAGGUACUGGUACACAGUCCAUCACCAUUGAUGGUGUCAACUACUCUGGGUCUACCGUCAAUUCUCCAUCCCUGACAGUUCUCAACGCUGAUGCCAGUGACACUGGAACCUACACCUGUUUUGCCACCAAUUCUGUAGGAACUGGACAGAGCUCUUCAACCACACUGACCGUUUCAGGAAAUGUUCCAACGGUCACUAUUUCCCAGAAUGCCUACAGCACCAACACAGGAACAACCAUCACUCUGGGAUGUACCGUGUCUUCCAACCCCGCCCAUACCUCUGUGUUCUGGCAGCGUAAUGUUGGAGGUGGCACACAGUCCAUCACCAUUGACGGUGUCAACUACUCCGGGUCUUCAGUCAAUUCUCCAUCCCUGACCGUUAUCAACGCUGAUACCAGUGACACUGGAACCUACACCUGUUUUGCCAGCAACUCUGUAGGAACUGGACAGAGUUCUUCAACUACACUGACCGUUUCAGGAAAUGUUCCAACGGUCACCAUUUCCCAGAAUGCCUACAGCACCAACACAGGAAACAGUAUUACUCUGGGAUGUACCGUGUCGGCCAACCCCGGCCAUACCUCCGUGUUCUGGCAACGUAACGUAGGUACUGGUACACAGUCCAUCACCAUUGAUGGUGUCAACUACUCCGGGUCUUCAGUCAAUUCUCCAUCCCUGACCGUUCUCAACGCUGAUACCAGUGACACUGGAACCUACACCUGUUUUGCCAGCAACUCUGUUGGAACUGGACAGAGUUCUUCAACCACACUGACAGUUUCAGGAAAUAUUCCAACUGUCACCAUUUCCCAGAAUGCCUACAGCACCAACACAGGAACAACCAUCACUCUGGGAUGUACCGUGUCUGCCAACCCCGCCCAUACCUCUGUGUUCUGGCAGCGUAUUGUUGGUGGUGGUACACAGUCCAUCACCAUUGACGGUGUCAACUACUCCGGGUCUUCAGUCAAUUCUCCAUCCCUGACCGUUAUCAACGCUGAUACCAGUGACACUGGAACCUACACCUGUUUUGCCAGCAACUCUGUAGGAACUGGACAGAGUUCUGCCACUACACUGACAGUUUCAGGAAAUGUUCCAACUGUCACCAUUUCCCAGAAUGCCUACAGCACCAACACAGGAACAACCAUCACUCUGGGAUGUACCGUGUCUGCCAACCCCGCCCAUACCUCUGUGUUCUGGCAGCGUAUUGUUGGUGGUGUCACACAGUCACUCACCAUGGAUGGUGUCAACUACUCCGGGUCUUCAGUCAAUUCUCCAUCCCUGACCGUUAUCAACGCUGAUACCAGUGACACUGGAACCUACACCUGUUUUGCCACCAACUCUGUAGGAACUGGACAGAGCUCUCCAACCACACUGACUGUUACAGGAAAUGUUCCAACUGUCACCAUUUCCCAGAAUGCCUACAGCACCAACACAGGAACAACCAUCACUCUGGGAUGUACCGUGUCGGCCAACCCCGCCCAUACCUCCGUGUUCUGGCAACGUAACGUUGGAGGUGGUACACAGUCUAUCACCAUUGACGGUGUCAACUACUCCGGGUCUUCAGUCAAUUCUCCAUCCUUGACCGUUAUCAACGCUGAUACUAGUGACACUGGAACCUACACCUGUUUUGCCAGCAACUCUGUAGGAACUGGACAGAGCUCUUCAACCACACUGACAGUUUCAGGAAAUAUUCCGACAGUCACCAUUUCCCAGAAUGCCUACAGCACCAACACAGGAACAACCAUCACGCUGGGAUGUACCGUGUCGGCCAACCCCGCCCAUACCUCCGUGUCCUGGCAACGUAUCGUUGGUGGUGUCACACAGUCACUCACCAUGGAUGGUGUCAACUACUCCGGGUCUUCAGUCAAUUCUCCAUCCCUGACCGUUAUCAACGCUGAUACUAGUGACACUGGAAGCUACACCUGUUUUGCCACUAACUCUGUAGGAACUGGACAGAGUUCUUCAACCACACUGACCGUUACAGGAAAUAUUCCAACUGUCACCAUUUCCCAGAAUGCCUACAGCACCAACACAGGAACAACCAUCACUCUGGGAUGUACCGUGUCUGCCAACCCCGCCCAUACCACCGUGUUCUGGCAGCGUAACGUUGGAGGUACUGGUACACAGUCCAUCACCAUUGAUGGUGUCAACUACUCCGGGUCUACCGUCAAUUCUCCAUCCCUGACCGUUAUCAACGCUGAUACUAGUGACACUGGAACCUACACCUGUUUUGCCACCAACUCUGUAGGAACUGGACAGAGUUCUUUAACCACACUGACCGUCACAGGAAAUAUUCCAACUGUCACCAUUUCCCAGAAUGCCUACAGUACCAACACAGGAACAACCAUCACUCUGGGAUGUACCGUGUCUGCCAACCCCGCCCAUACCAUCGUGUUCUGGCAACGUAACGUAGGUACUGGUACACAGUCCAUCACCAUUGAUGGUGUCAACUACUCUGGGUCUACCGUCAAUUCUCCAUCCCUGACGGUUCUCAACGCUGAUACUAGUGACACUGGAACCUACACCUGUUUUGCCACCAACUCUGUAGGAACUGGACAGAGUUCUUCAACCACACUGACAGUUUCAGGAACCAUUCCAACUGUCACCAUUGCCCAGAAUGCCUACAGCACCAACACAGGAACAACCAUCACUCUGGGAUGUACCGUGUCUGCCAACCCCACACAUACCACCGUAUUCUGGCAGCGUAACAUUGGAGGUGGUACACAGUCCAUCACCAUUGAUGGUAUCAACUACUCCGGGUCUACCGUCAAUUCUCCAUCCCUGACAGUUCUCAACGCUGAUACCAGCGACACUGGAACCUACACCUGUUUUGCCACCAACUCUGUAGGAACUGGACAGAGUUCUUCAACCACACUGACCGUUACAGGAAAUCUUCCAACUGUUACCAUUGCCCAGAAUGCCUACAGCACCAACACAGGAACAACCAUCACUCUGGGAUGUACCGUGUCGGCCAACCCCGCCCAUACCACCGUGUUCUGGCAGCGUAACGUUGGAGGUGGUACACAGUCCAUCACCAUUGAUGGUGUCAACUACUCUGGGUCUUCAGUCAAUUCUCCAUCCCUGACGGUUCUCAACGCUGAUACCAGUGACACUGGAACCUACAUCUGUUUUGCCACUAACUCUGUAGGAACUGGACAGAGCUCUUCAACCACACUGACCGUUACAGGAAAUAUUCCAACGGUCACCAUUUCCCAGAAUGCCUACAGCACCAACACAGGAACAACCAUCACUCUGGGAUGUACCGUGUCUGCCAACCCCGCCCAUACCACCGUGUUCUGGCAGCGUAACGUAGGUACUGGUACACAGUCCAUCACCAUUGACGGUGUCAACUACUCCGGGUCUACCAUCAAUUCUCCAUCCCUGACGGUUCUCAACGCUGACACCAGUGACACUGGAACCUACACCUGUUUUGCCACCAACUCUGUAGGAACUGGACAGAGUUCUUCAACCACACUGACUGUUACAGGAAACAUUCCAACUGUCACCAUUGCCCAGAAUGCCUACAGCACCAACACAGGAACAACCAUCACUCUGGGAUGUACCGUGUCUGCCAACCCCGCCCAUACCACCGUGUUCUGGCAGCGUAACGUAGGUACUGGUACACAGUCUAUCACCAUUGAUGGUGUCAACUACUCCGGGUCUACCGUCAAUUCUCCAUCCCUGACCGUUCUCAACGCUGAUACCAGUGACACUGGAACCUACACCUGUUUUGCCAGCAACUCUGUAGGAACUGGACAGAGUUCUGCGACUACACUGACUGUUUCAGGAAAUAUCCCAGUUGUCACAAUUGCCCAGAAUGCCUACAGCACCAAUACAGGAACAACCAUCACACUUCAAUGUACCGUGUCUGCCAACCCCGCCCAUACCACCGUGUUCUGGCAGCGUAAUGUAGGUACUGGUACACAGUCCAUCACCAUUGAUGGUGUCAACUACUCUGGGUCUACCGUCAAUUCUCCAUCCCUGACAGUUCUCAACGCUGAUACUAGUGACACUGGAACCUACACCUGUUUUGCCACCAAUUCUGUAGGAACUGGACAGAGUUCUGCAACUACACUGACAGUUUCAGGAAAUAUCCCUGUUGUUACCAUCAGCCAAAGUACUUAUAGUAUCACAACAGGAAAUAGUAUCACUCUGGGAUGUACCGUGUCUGCCAACCCCGCCCAUACCACCGUAUUCUGGCAGCGUAACAUUGGAGGUGGUACACAGUCCAUCACCAUUGAUGGUGUCAACUACUCCGGGUCUUCAGUCAAUUCUCCAUCCCUGACCGUUAUCAACGCUGAUAGCAGUGACACUGGAAGCUACACCUGUUUUGCCACCAACUCUGUAGGAACUGGACAGAGUUCUUCAACCACACUGACAGUUUCAGGAAAUAUUCCUGUUGUUACUGUUGCCCAGAAUGCCUACAGCACUAACAUAGGAACAUCCAUCACUCUUCAAUGUACCGUGUCUGCCAACCCCACACAUACCACCGUGUUCUGGCAACGUAACGUAGGUACUGGUACACAGACCAUCACCACUGACGGUGUCAACUACUCCGGGUCUACCGUCAAUUCUCCAUCCCUGACCGUUAUCAACGCUGAUACCAGUGACACUGGAACCUACACCUGUUUUGCCACCAACUCUGUAGGAACUGGACAGAGUUCUGCAACCACACUGACAGUAACAGGAAAUAUUCCUGUUGUUACCAUUGCCCAGAAUGCCUACAACACCAACACAGGAACAUCCAUCACUCUUCAAUGUACCGUGUCUGCCAACCCCGCCCAUACCACCGUGUUCUGGCAGCGUAACGUAGGUACUGGUACACAGUCCAUCACCAUUGACGGUGUCAACUACUCCGGGUCUACCGUCAAUUCUCCAUCCCUGACCGUUAUCAACGCUGAUACCAGUGACACUGGAACCUACACCUGUUUUGCCAGCAACUCUGUAGGAACUGGACAGAGUUCUACAACCACCUUGACAGUCUCUGGAAAUAUCCCAGUUGUAACCAUAGACCAGCCAUCGUACAGCAUAUCAACAGGACAAGCCGUUACACUCGGCUGUUCUGUAUCUGCCGUCCCAACUCAUACCAGUGUCACCUGGCGGCGUAUAACCAAUGGAGUAAGCACGACAAUCAACAUUGACGGGACUAAAUACGCCGGAUCCACCGUCAACUCUCCCUCUCUCAUUAUCUUCAAUGCAGCAGCCAGUGACCAAACAUUCUACUCCUGUUCAGCUACUAACUCUGUGGGGACCGGAACCAGCUCCCAGACCAGCCUCACUGUUGUUGGCAGUCUGCCAAUUGUCACGGUUGCCCAGAGUAGCUAUACAAUAACAACAGGUGGCACUAUCACCCUCGUCUGUACCGUUAGUGCCACCCCGUCGGCCACAUCCGUUUCCUGGAGACGAUUGGUCGGAGGAGUGUCAACAGCCAUCAGCGUUGCAGGCAACAAAUACUCUGGAGUUACUCUUUCGAAUCCCUCACUGACCAUCAGCAAUGCCCAGAACAGUGAUGAAGGUUUCUACAUCUGUCAGGCUACCAAUGUUGUUGGAACAGGAGAGAGUAGUACUACCUACCUCACAGUCAGUGGAAAUAUACCUGUUGUCACCAUACCCCAGAACACCUACAAUAUCCUUACUGGUGGUUCUGUUAUCAUCGAAUGUACCGUGUCCGCCAUUCCAACACAUACAUCUGUCACAUGGAAUAGAGUGUCAUCGGGAGGUGUAACAUCUGUCAUCCAGAUUGAUGGAGUAAACUAUAGUGGUGGUACCGUCAACAGUCCUUCUCUGAGUGUCAACAACGCCGACAACAGCGACACUGGCUUUUAUGUCUGCACAGCAACAAACAGUAUUGGAACUGGAACUAGCAACCAAGCCUAUCUCUCUGUUACUGGAUCCCCACCGACAGCCACUGUCUCUCAGACAGCUUACACUAUCAUCACCGGAGCAUCGGUGACUCUGCAAUGUACUGUGUUUGGAACCCCAUCUGUUACCGGAGUCACCUGGACAAGGACAUACAGUAAUGGGGUCAGUACUACAAUCGGUGUCAACGGCCAGAAGUAUGCUGGCUCGUCGGUCAACAAUCCUUCUCUGACCAUCUUCAACGCUGAUAGUAGUGACCAGGGAACCUAUGUCUGCACAGCCACAAACUCCCUUGGAUCUGGCCAGAGUCCAUCCGUGUCGCUCUCUGUAACUGGAAAUCCACCCACUGUGACCGUGAGUCAGACACAGUAUACAACGAUCACAGGAGCAUCCAUAACACUGCAGUGUUCCGUAACGGCUAUCCCAGCAGUCAACAGUGUAUACUGGGAGAGAACUGCCAAUGGUUUCACAAGCCAGCUGACCAUCGACCAAGUUCAGUAUGGUGGAUCAACGAUCGGAUCACCAUCCCUCAUCAUCUACAAUACUAACAGUGCCGAUGAUGGAGUUUACGUCUGUAAAGCCACAAAUAGCAUUGGCACUGGUCAGAGUCAGGGCGUCACGGUUUCUGUUACUGGAUCCCUGCCUGUCGUCAGUAUACAACAAGCUAGCUACACUGUGAACACUGGUUCCACAGCAACACUUGUAUGUACUGUGUCAGCCACACCACAGGCCAACUCUGUCACCUGGCGCAGAACUGUUGGUGGUACAUCCACUGUAAUUGCUAUCAAUGGCGGCAAGUACACCGGUGGCUCAGUCAUCUCCCCCAGCCUGGUUAUUUACAGUGCCAGCAGCAAUGACAUUGGCUUCUACACAUGUGAAGCCUCCAAUUCUGUCGGCACGGGAACCAGCGCGGAUACAUACCUGGAUGUGGUUGGAUCCCUGCUGAAUGUACAAGUGGCCCAGGCCUUCUAUUCUGUACAGAGAGGACAGUCUGUUACACUCGUAUGUACAGUGUCAGGAACACCGUCCGCAACCUCAGUUUCUUGGAGGCGUACCUCAAAUAGUGUCACCAACGCUGUCACCAUAGACAACAACAAAUACCAAGGAUCAAGUGUCAACAGUCCAUCCUUGAUAAUUAACAACGCCGAUAGUGUUGACACUGGCACAUAUGUGUGUACCGCCACAAACAGUAUUGGAACCGCUUCAAGUACACAGACGACCUUGUCUGUCACUGGAGAGAUCCCCACAGUAACUAUCCCUACCCCAUCCUACAAUAUUGUGACUGGAUCGUCCAUCACCAUCACAUGUACAGUGUCGGCCAACCCCCAGCAUACCUCUGUAUCCUGGACUAGGACAGACAACAUCAACAGCGCCUCCUCAAACAUCGUCAUCGAUGGCAGUAAAUACAGCGGCGGUACCGUCAACAAUCCAUCUCUCAUCAUCAACAGCGCUGGUGGAUCAGACCAGGGCUAUUACGUGUGUCGGGCCUCCAACAGUAUCGGUACAGGAACCAGUGGGCAGACAUACCUAACUGUAACUGGAGCUUUGCCCUCUGUGACCAUUCCAUCAAAUGCUUACUCUGUCAUCACCGGUGGAUCUAUCCAGAUACCUUGUAUGGUGGCGGCCAGUCCUUCUGCUAGCAGCGUAACUUGGACCAAAUCUUCUGGUACCAACACAGCAAUUUCAAUUAUUACAAUUAACAACUCUAAAUACCAGGGAGGAAACCCCAGCCUGCCAAGCCUCACCAUCACCAAUGCUAAUAAUAAUGAUCAGGCUUACUACAGAUGUUCAGCUUCCAACAGUGUGGGCUCUGCCGAGAGUAUCCUUACCUUCCUAACAGUCUCCGGAAACGUCCCUGUUGUAUCGAUUGGACAGGCCCAAUACAAUACCCUUCUAGGUACCUCUGUCACCAUCGACUGCACAGUGUCCGCAACACCACAGGCUACCACGGUCGCAUGGGAACGCGUUAUUGGAGGCGUAACCACUACCCUCACCAUCGAUGGCACAAAGUUUGUUGGCUCUUCAGUCGGCAACCCAUCUCUAACUAUCACUGACGCCACAACCAAUGACAUGGGUUACUACAUCUGUACAGCUAUAAAUAGUGUCGGUGUGGGCCGUAGUUCUCAGGGAUAUCUCACCGUUGAUGGAUUGGUGCCUGCUGUUGUGAUCAGUAGACCAUCUUACUCCUUUGUCGUUGGUGAAACUGCCGUCAUCGACUGCGACUACAGCGCCUCACCUGACGCCACAUCUGUCUACUGGAACAAAAUUGUGGACACACAAACAACUCGCAUUGACACUUUCAACACUAAUAAAUACAGCGGCUCCACACUUGCUAAUCCCUCACUGACCAUCACCUCAACAGACAGUAGUGACCAGGCUUUCUACCGAUGUAUAGUGGGCAACAGUGUUGGAGAGGGUCAGAGUAACCAAGCCUACCUCUACAUCACAGGAAACAUCCCAUCAGUGACUGUUCCUCAGAGUUCCUACAGCGUGUCCCUCGACGAUACAGUCACCAUCACAUGUACAGUAUCUGCUGUGCCCUCGGCCACCAGCAUUACCUGGGAGUACAUCAACUCGAAUGGUGCGGUCAGUAACAUAAACGUAGCCAACUCCAGGUAUAGUGGUGGCAUUGUAUCCAAUCCAUCCCUUGUCAUCUCCACCGCUCAACUCAGUGACCAAGGUACCUACAGGUGUAAGGCGAGCAACAGUGUCGGCACCGGACAGAGCCAACAGGUCUUCCUGUAUGUGACAGGAACACUGCCAUCUGUGCGUGUGACCGUGUCCGCCUACACCGUUGAUGUUGACACCAGUGCCACACUGGCGUGUAUUGUGGAUGCCUCCCCUGCGGCCACCUCUGUAUACUGGACAAAGAUUGUUAAUGGAGUUUCGUCCACCAUCAGUACCAAUACCAAUAAGUACGCCGGCUCUACUGUAGGCUCCCCAUCCCUCAUCAUCAAUAACCUCGCCAUGUCUGAUGAAGGAAGCUACAGGUGUAAUGCUGUUAACACUGUGGGCACUGGACAGAGCGGUCUCACUAACCUCAUUGUCGCCUACGCUCCUAGGAACACUGUUGUGGACCCAACAUCUCUUACCACCAGAGAAGGACAGUCCAUUACCUCCGAGUGUAUCACAGAUGCUAACCCAGCUGCCACCUUCCAGUGGGUCAAGGACAACACCAACCAGGCCGUGUCUGUCGGUAAAAUCCUCGUCAUCGACAACAUUGACCGCGGCCAUGACAGCACCUACACCUGUACGGCCACCAACUCACAGGGGUCACAAACCGCGAGAUUCAACCUGGAUGUACAGUACAAACCUAUCAGCACUGUCACCGUUGCCCAGGCAACUGUUGUGUUGAGUCUGAAUGCCCAGAGGGACCUGGAAUGUAACACUGUGGCCAACCCAGCCGUACAGAGCUACAGAUGGCAGAAAGAUGGAAGUAGUGUUGAAAAUGCCAACAGUCUUGUCUACCGUGUUGUUGCCACCGACAGCAAUAGCUACGGCGUUUAUACCUGUUAUGCCACCAACACCAUUGGCGAAUCAUCGGCCAUUACCUACACUGUGUCUUCAGGUGAAGUGACCACGACUGUUAGACCUACAGUGGACGGUAUCAGUACUGGACUCAUCGUAGCUAUCGUCAUCUCGGCUCUCGUCCUCAUUCUCAUUGUCAUCAUCAUCGUCUGCUGCUGUGUGACCAGAGGUGUAUGUAGAGAGGAAGCUAUAGAAAGACAGAGGGUUGUUGUUGAGAAACCAAGGCCAAUGCAAUUCAUAAAUCCUGCUCAGAUGAUCCUACCCAGACAAGAGAUGAUCUCUGUUGACGAUGGUUUCUACCGAGCCCCUGCCCCACAGUACCAGUAUACCCCACAGCUGGCUUACUACGAGACCGAGGGAUCAAGAUCCAGUACAAAGCGUGACAUUUAGACAUUUAUUAAAUUCAUCAAAAAUCAUCAAGCUAUCUGUAUGACCCUACCAAUUGUUUUGGUUUACAGAGAAAUACUGUUCAGAAGAAUAUUUUUGUGAGGAAUAUCUGUGAAAGAGUUCGUUUACGUGAUACUUAUCAUUCAUUAAUGAAAGUGUGAUGUACAAUGCAGAAUUGUUUGAUUUUGUAUAUUUUUUCUGAUGACUUUAAUGAGUGCUAUGAAGGAAUAUCAAAUAUGAUACUUUACAGUAUGCUAACCAAACACCUUUUUCAGAGGGCUCGGAAUUGUAGGGAGCCAACCUGUUACAUAAAUAUUUCAGUUUAAACAAAACAUCUGGAUUGGACAGGUUAUUAUGAACAGUAUAAAUAUUGGUUAAAAGUGCCUACUGGUUGUGCAGAGCUUUGAUAGACAAUCAAAUUAUUGUUAUGUUGUUAUUUUUGAAAUUUUUUGAAAUGUGCUUUAAAAGAAAAUAGCUUUAUAAAUAUAUUGACAUACCCUUUUACUAGACCAUGAUCUGCCAUUAUAGCAUCUUUAAAUGAAAACAUCAAGGCUAUUUCACACAAAUCCCUAUCUACAGACUCCAUGUAUGCAUCUACGAGGAAAAUAAUGGUGGAUGAAAGUAAUUUGAUAAUCUGACAUAAUACUCCUGUCAAGCAGUAUUAUGAAAAGGCUGCAUUAUCAUGUGUUUGUUAGGUAGUCCAAAAUCAUAGUGUGCAUAAUAUUGUGUAAAUAAGUCAGUAUUUACUACAUUCCAUUUGAUCAGCGACAACAUUAUAGCUAGUUUACCAAAUUAUAUAUUUAAAUCAAAAUAAGAAAGUUUGUUUACGUGUUGUAUUUGGAAAAGAAUAGCAUUGAAUCAAAACAAGAAAGUUUGUUGACAUGUUGUAUUUGAAGAGAGACCUGUUUUAAUUAAUGAAUGGCACUAACAGAGAAGCUCUGGGAAAUGAGUCGCACUGGUAGUUGGUGGUGUUUGUAAGUAGAGAACAAUCAUUUUGUGUACAUAUACUUUAUAUAUAUGCAUAUAUAUGUUUACACAUAUUCCAUAAAAAUGUUUUUUUUAUAUAUACAUACUAUAUUUUUCUAGCAUUUAAUUCUUCCAUUAAUUAAAUUGUAUAUUUAGUAUAAAAAAUUGUAGUGCUUUAUACAGCAUCUAAAGUACUUGUGGAAUCUUUUUCAUAAGUAAAUAUAUAUAUUUACACAUGUAUAUAAAUUGUCAUUAGUUAUAGGGUGAACUCCUCAGAAUGCAUUAUAUCAUAUAGUAAUGACGUCAUCCAUUAAAAUGUAAUGAGAUAUUUCAUUAAGAUAUUGUGAAAAGAUUGCAUUUUGAUGCCACAAUCCAUUACAAUACAAGAUAUUCCAUUAAAAUUUAAGAUUUUCCAUUAAAACAAUAUAUUCCAUUAAAACAUGGUGAUAUGUUGUAUUGAAAUAUGGUGAUAUUUUCCAUUUUCAAGGAUAUUAUCUGUUAAAACCUAAUGAUAUAUUCAAUUAUAGUAUGUGAUGAUAUAUUUUGUUAUAGUAUUAUGUUUUGCAGCAUUUUAAUAUAACAAAAUAUUCCAUUGAAAUGUGAUAAAAUUCUGCAUUUAAAACAUUAAGAUCCUCCAUUUUGAUAGCAUGAGGUAUUGCAGUUUAUAACAAGAGACAUCCCAUUAGAGUGGUGGAACAUUCCAUUAAAACGUGAUAAGAUAUUCUAUUAAAAUCUGACAUUCCAUUAUAUUGUUAUACGAUAUUCAUUUUGAUAUAUUUUAGUUUAAAGUCACAGACUAAUUGGAGGUAAUUUGACAAUACAUGAUUACAAUGUAGAAUACCUGCCAUCAUUUUUGUGGACAUGACAUUGUGUUGUUAAGGUCGGGAGAUGUUACACUGUAUGGCAGCGAAGAAAUAUUUCACUUUUUGUAGAGAAUGCUGUAUAAAUUGUUGGCAAUUCAACUUACAUGUAUUUUCAUGUAAUUAUGUGAACAUUUGCUCACAAUUAAUAUGUAAUAGGUAGAUUAAUAAAUUUGAUAUUAUACA